AUGUCUUCCACCGAUUACAAGUUCGAAGGCUGGGUAGCCCUCGGCCCUGAAGCCGCCGAAGGCAAAAUGGUCUGGCAGGAAUUCGAGCCUAAGCCAUGGGAGGAGACCGAUGUCGAUAUCAAGGUCACUCACUGUGGUAUCUGUGGCUCUGAUAUUCACACUCUGCGCAGUGGAUGGGGCCCCACCAACUACCCUUGCUGCGUCGGCCACGAGAUUGUCGGAACUGCUGUUCGCGUCGGAUCACAGGUCGAGGGAGAUAUCAAGGUCGGUGACCGUGUCGGUGUCGGCGCCCAAAGCGGCUCCUGCCAGAACAAGGAUGGGGACUGCCAAGCCUGUGCAUCGGGCAUCGAACAGCACUGCACUAAGAUGGUCGGCACAUACAACGGUGUCUAUGCCAACGGUGGCAAGUCGUAUGGUGGCUACUCCACAUACAACCGCUCUCCCUCGCACUUCGUUAUUAAGAUCCCGGAUGCCAUUUCCUCCGCCGACGCGGCACCUAUGUUGUGCGGUGGUAUUACUACCUACUCGCCUUUGAAGCGCAAUGGCUGCGGCCCCGGAAAGACCGUCGGUGUCGUUGGCAUUGGUGGUCUUGGCCACUUUGCUAUUUUGUUCGCGAAGGCGCUCGGUGCUGAUCGCGUUGUCGCUAUCUCCCGCAAGUCUGAUAAGAAGGCGGAUGCGCUCAAGCUCGGUGCGGAUGACUUCAUCGCUACCGGCGAGGAGGAGGAUUGGGAUACUCGCCACGCUAGCUCUCUCGACUUGAUCAUCUCCACUGCCUCCUCUUCCAAGAUGCCCAUUGUCCAGUAUUGUGGACUGUUGCGGGUCCACGGAACCUUCAUUCAGCUCGGUGCUCCCGAGGAUGGCGGUCUUGAGAUCCCGGCGUUCGUUCUCAUUCUUAAGGGCAUUAAGCUUGGUGGCUCGUUGAUCGGUAGCCCUAGUGAGAUUCGGGAGAUGUUGGAGUUGGCCGCUGCCAAGGGCGUCAAGCCUUGGAUCCAGGAGCGCCCAAUGAAAGAUGCCAACCAGGCUAUCGUGGAUAUGGAAAAUGGUGAUGCUCGUUACCGCUAUGUUCUCAAGAACGAGCAGUAA